AUGACGGAGAACAGGGGAAGACGCCGGAGCACAGGGAAGACGCCGGAGCACAUGGAGGACGCCAGAGCACAGAAAGGAUGCCGGAGCACUGGGACGACGCCGGAACACAGGGAGGACGAGGAACACAGGGAGGACGAGGAGCACAGGGAGGACGCUGGAGCACAGGGAGGACGCCGGAUCAUAGAGAUGUCGCUGGAGCACAGGGAGGACACCGGAGCACAAGAAAGACGCUGGAUUACAGUGAAGACGCCCGAGCACAGGGAGAACGCCGGAGCACAGCAAAGGGAGGGCGACGAGCACAGGGAGGACGUGGAGCACAGGGAGGGCGAGGAGCACAGGGAGAGCGUGGAGCACAGGGUGGGCGUGGAGCACUGGGAGGGCGAGGAGCUCAGGGAGGACGUGGAGCACAGGGAGGACGUGGAGCACAGAGAGGGCGAGGAGCACAGGGAGGGCGUGGAGCACAGGAAGAGCGAGGAGCACAGGGAGGGCGUGGAUCACAGGGAGGGCGUGGAGCACAGGGAGGGCGUGGAGCACAGGGAGGGCGUGGAGUACAAGGAGGGCGUGGAGCACAGGGAGGGUGAGGAGCCCAGGGAGGACGUGGAGCACAGGGAGGGCGAGGAGCACAGGGAGGACGUAGAGCACUGGGAGGGCGUGGAGCAAAGUGAGGACGAGGAGCACAAGGAAGGCGCCAGAGCACAGGGAGGGCGCCGGAGCACAGGGAGGACGCCGUAG